UCAAAAACAGCAUGGAGUGAGUGUGCUGCACCAAUCAUAUCAUCCGACCGCUGCGUAGCCGCCGACAGGCUUAAUGAUGUCGCGUCUAUUGCAAUCGACUUAGGCUUGUGCUGCCAAUUCUUUACUGACGAUAAAUGUGACAAUGUAUACAAAGAUGAAGGAGGGGAAGGACUAUGGUAUCCCGGCCUCAAGGAAGUAUCUGCUACCUUCAGAGAGCAGGUGGGCAGUUACAUGUGCAGAAAUGGGACUACUUCAUCAAUCUGUCCAGGGGCAGGUGCUGGGAACCUAGUUGCUUCUGAAAAUGCGGCUACUCCCACUGCCAACUAG